AUGACAAUACCUAACACCAACAGCAUGUUGAGUUUUUCCUGUAUGGUGUCUGCAGCUGUUGUCAUCCUAGGCAGAACCUGCAGUUGCUUGCACUUCACUUUCCCCAGUUUCAACCCAGGCAACAGGGAUGAUUUCAGCUUCAGCCCAGGCUCAGCAAUCUCAAACAAUUCCCUGCAAAUCACGCCGAACGCCGGGAACAUGAGCCACCGGUCGGGAAGAGUGGUCUACGCAAGGGAAACCCUCAAGCUGUGGAAUAGCAAGCGUACAGCGCUCACGUCGUUCAGGACAGAGUUCGUGCUCAACAUCCUCCCGCAGAACGGGACUGCCGGAGAAGGUAUGGCCUUCAUGCUCACAAACAAUCCAUCCUUGCCCAGCGACAGCAGCGGCCAGUGGCUGGGCAUAUGCAACAGCCAGAGAGAUGGCGCCAAGACAAACCGAGUAGUUGCCGUUGAAUUCGACACCAGGCAGAGCUAUGCGGAUGAAUUUGACGGCAACCAUUUUGGCUUCGACUUCAACAGCAUCAAAUCUUUUCGGCAAUACCCGCUCAGUAAUCAGUCCAUCAUCCUCGCAAGUGGAUCUGAUGUAUGGGUCAGUAUGGCAUACAAUGGUACAACACGAUUGUUUGGAGUAGAUCUAGUCCAGCACAGCACAAUAGGAGGGCAGCUUAAAUCCAGCGGAAGUUUGAUUGUUAAUCUAUCACACUAUCUGGCAGACGACAUAUAUCUGGUGUUUGCAGGUUCCACGGGCGAUUUCACCCAACUGAAUCAGAUAAAGUCCUGGAACUUCACCACAAUAGAAAAUGAUGCCACAGUCGGAAUAAGAGUUGGAAUAAAGGUGUUCUUGGCUAUUGCUGCUUUGGUUAUAUUUUCUACCUGUUUGGUUGGUGUGUUCUUCAUGUGGAGAAGGUUGACACGUCAGAGAAGGCUCGCCAACCGCAACCUGGAGAAGAUGAUCGACGCACAUGGUCCGGUCAAAUUUAAGCUCAGGGAGCUGAGGCGUGCGACUGCCAACUUCAGUCCUACACGUAAGCUCGGCAGAGGCGGCUCUGGCACCGUUUACCUCGGCCACAUCAAUAGGAUGAACUUGGAGGUGGCCGUGAAGCGGGUGUCAAUGGGCAACGCCGAUUCCAACCGAGGAGAGCAGGAGUUCGUCGCGGAGGUGAACACGAUCAGCAAGCUGUCCCACCGCAACCUCGUCAAGUUGAUCGGCUGGUGCCACGAGGGAUCCGAGCUGCUCCUGGUGUAA